CCAUUGAGGCUGCUUUUCGCUGCUCGUGGCUAUUGAUUACCACCUUAUAUCUCCGAGUUUCUUCAUUUUUCUUAUAUCUUCCCUGCAAACUCCGCUACUAAGGGUAAUCAUAUAGCACACACAUAACAUCAACAAUUAAAAAAAAAACACACAACCCACCAUGAGCGAAUCGUCAUUAUCCAAGAACGUCGUCGUCGAUACGACUUCGCUUCCAGAGUCGACUACUUCCGGCGUGUGGGAUCGCAUUUCGAAAUGGGUGUCGGAGAACAAGGCGCUUGUUUAUACUAUCGCUGGUGUCGCAGUCGUCGUGACUAGCGCUGGUGUGGUUUACUACCUCUCGGACUCGAGCUCCCCCGCAAAGACCGCUACAGCUUCCGCGGCAGCUACAGAGAAGAAGAAGACCAAGAACCAAAAACGGAGAGAGAAGAAGAAGGCCGAGGAGAAGGCCAAGUCUGCGUCUGUUCCGGAUGAACAAACAGCUAAGAAGGAAGAACCUUUCGAAGACAUUCCUGAGGUGGACGAGACAACCGUUGGGCAGUUGUCGGAAGAGACCAAAAAGAUAUACGCCGGUAAGCUGAAGGCCGCCGGUAACAAGGCCUACGGCUCCAAGGAUUACAACCGAGCCAUCGAACUCUACGGAAAGGCUAUCAUUUGCAAGCCCGAUCCCGUCUACUACUCCAACCGUGCCGCCUGCUACAAUGUCAUGUCGGAAUGGGAAAAGGUCGUGGAGGACACCUCCGCCGCGCUCCAGAUGGACAGCGAGUACGUCAAGGCCCUGAACCGUCGCGCCAUUGCCUACGAGCACCUCGAGAAGUACAGCGAAGCUCUCCUCGAUUUCACCGCUAGCUGCAUCAUGGACGGUUUCUCCAACGAAAUGAGCCGUAACUCCCUCGAGAGACUUUUGAAGAAGGUUGCGGAGCACAAGGGUCAGGCCAUUCUCGAGGCCAAGGGCAAGAAGCUCCCCAGUCCCACUUUCGUUUCCAACUACCUCCAGAGCUUCCGCCCUAAGCCGCUCCCUGAGGGUCUUGAGGAGUCUGUCGAGCUGCCCGAGGAAUCUGGAAAGGCCGAGCUGCGCAAGGGAUUGAUUGGUGUCAGCAAGAAGACCGGUGAUGGCUACGAGGAGGCUGCUGCUGCUUUCGAGAAGGCUCUGGAACUUGGCGACUUGGGUGAAUUCGAGGCUUUGGCGCUUAACAUGAGAGCUACCUUCACCUACCUUGAGGGUAACGCCCAGGGUGCUUUGGCUGAUCUUGAGAAGAGUGUUGAGUUGCAGCCAUCCUUGGUGCAGAGCUACAUCAAGCGUGCCAGCUUGCACCUUGAGCUUGGAAACAAGGAUGCCGCCGCUGAUGACUUCGAGCUCGCCAUUACCCACAACAAGGAUGACCCCGACAUCUACUACCACCGUGCUCAGCUCCACUUCAUUCUUGGAGAGUUUGCAGAAGCCGCCAAGGACUACCAGAAGUCGAUUGACAUCGACCGUACUUUCAUCUACUCCCACAUCCAGCUUGGUGUGACCCAGUACAAGAUGGGCUCUGUUGCGUCCGCCAUGGCUACCUUCCGGAGAUCGCUGAAGAACUUUGAGGAGGUUCCUGAUGUCUACAACUACUACGGUGAGCUCCUGCUCGACCAGCAGAACUUCUCCGAGGCCAUUGAGAAGUUCGACAAGGCCGUCGAUAUGGAGAAGCAGAUCAAGCCCAUGGGUAUCAAUGUUCUGCCUUUGAUCAACAAGGCGCUUGCCUUGUUCCAGUGGAAGCAUGACUUCCAAGAGGCGGAGAACCUCUGCCAGAAGGCUCUCAUCAUCGACCCCGAAUGUGAUAUCGCCGUUGGAACCAUGGCCCAGCUGCUCCUGCAACAAGGCAAGGUCUCGCAGGCACUCAAGUACUUCGAGCGGGCAGCGGAACUGGCCCGUACGGAAGCCGAGAUUGUCAACGCCAUCUCGUAUGCCGAGGCAACACGGACACAAUUGGAGGUGCAAGAGAAGUACCCCAAGCUGGCAGCACGAUUGCAAACCAUGGGUGCCGGGCUUGGUGCCGGUGCCGGUCCCGGUCUGUAAAGAAGGCCAAUCGUUAAUUGAGGAGUCGCUGUAGAUAUCUGUGGGCUAAUCAUAUCUUUCCUUUCUUCUGAUCCUUGCUCUAUUCCCUUCUGCUCUCUCCCCUUCUACACCGUGUCUUCUCUAAACGGGAUAUCGGGAACACGUAUAUCCUCCUCCUUAAUACACCGUCUCCCCUGGUUCCUGGGCAAACUCUUCUGAAUGUAAUUACCCUUGUCGUUGGUUGGCCAUCUCGACAUCUCCCAUCUCCUUUGCUUGUUUUGCGACCUCGGUUCACCAAAAAGAGUUGUUGUGUUUCGUUUAUCCUUUUUUUUUUUUUUUUUUUU